UAGAGAAGAUCAAAGACAGCUGAGGUGAUCUCUCCCAGAGCCUCCGACAUCUGAGUGUUGCGCUGAAGCAGAGUGGCCAAGCCACUAGAGACCUCAAGCUCCUGGAAUGGACCUACCCUCCUGCUCCCUGGUUCCUGGCUUAUUCUGCACACCACAACCUGUUGGGCCUAGCCCAGCCCUCACCUCCAACCGGGCCCGUACUACUCACUGUGUCCGAAUGCUGAAGCUGCUGCUGCUGACACUGCCUCUCCUGUCCAGCCUGGUGCACGCAGCCCCUAGUCUAGCUAUGCCACGAGAGGGCAUUGUGGGGGGACAGGAGGCGUCUGGGAACAAGUGGCCCUGGCAGGUGAGCCUGCGUGUCAAUGACACCUACUGGAUGCAUUUCUGCGGCGGCUCCCUCAUCCACCCACAGUGGGUGCUCACUGCGGCACACUGUGUGGGACCGAAUAAGGCUGACCCCAACAAGCUCAGGGUACAGCUUCGUAAGCAGUAUCUCUAUUAUCAUGACCACCUGCUGACCGUGAGCCAGAUCAUCUCACACCCUGACUUCUACAUCGCCCAGGAUGGGGCAGACAUUGCCCUGCUGAAACUCACUAACCCUGUGAACAUUACCAGCAAUGUCCACACUGUCUCCCUGCCUCCCGCCUCAGAGACCUUCCCCUCAGGGACAUUGUGCUGGGUGACAGGCUGGGGUAACAUCAACAAUGAUGUAAGCCUGCCACCGCCAUUUCCUUUGGAGGAGGUGCAAGUUCCCAUUGUAGAAAACCGCCUCUGUGACUUGAAGUAUCACAAAGGUCUCAACACAGGUGACAACGUCCACAUUGUCCGUGACGACAUGCUGUGUGCUGGGAAUGAAGGACAUGACUCCUGCCAGGGCGACUCCGGAGGACCUCUGGUCUGCAAGGUUGAAGAUACCUGGCUGCAGGCAGGUGUUGUGAGCUGGGGUGAGGGCUGCGCACAGCCCAACAGGCCUGGCAUCUACACUCGGGUCACCUAUUACCUGGACUGGAUCUACCGCUAUGUCCCCAAGGACUUCUGAGUUGCAUCCAGGGUGACCUCUGUUGUUUCCAACAUGCUGCUUUCUGCCUCCCUGCUUCCCUGCUCCCCAGCCUGAGCCCCAACUCUGCUCUACCUGAGCCCCUGACCACUUGUGUCCCUCCCGCUCAGGUAGCCACACUGUACAGGCAGCCACUCUGCUAUGGCUCAAUAAAAUGCAUUAAAGCA